CUGUGGACAGGCUGAUCGGUGCAUCACACCAAAGCCUUUUAUCCCUUUUAUAACACCUCCUACUUGACUGCAUGCAGCAGCAGAGCUGUUACCUAGUUACAAGCCGGAGACUGAGCGACCUGCGCCUGUGUGCUGAUGGGCAUCAGUUAGUCCGGCAGCAGACGGCUGGUGUUUUUCUCAGCGCAGGAUGGGAAUGAAACGCGUCCUGCAGCGAACCGGCAGAGUGCUGCUGCUUUUCUCGCGUUGUUUCACCGCUAAAACCCACAGACAGCCAGCGCUCAGGAGGACCGCGGCGUGGAAAGUGUCUGCUUGAAGAACAGAUGGGUGGGAGCUGAAACAGCAGAAGGACGAAUCAUCAGGGAAGCACAAACAUGGGUGACAUCUCGCUUCUCGGUGCGGAGAUGAUCGCUAAGGCGUGGGAGAACGGCAGCUUGGCGAGCCCUUCGCUCGGCAUCCCGUUGUUUAUGCUCAUGUUCAACGACAGCGAUCAGAACGAGACUCUGUUUAACUCCACCAACUCCACCUUUCUGGAUGUUUCCUCAGGUCCCAGUGUGGCUGGGGUCCUCAUCCCUCUUAUAUACAUCAUUGUCUGCAUUAUUGGCCUGGGGGGAAACACUUUGGUGAUUCACAUUGUGCUGCACUACUCAAAGAUCGAAUCAGUGACCAACAUUUACAUCCUGAACUUGGCUAUCGCUGAUGAGCUGUUCAUGUUCGGCCUGCCGUUCCUGGCAGUUCAGAACACCCUCCAGUCGUGGCCCUUUGGUUCCUUCAUGUGCCGACUUGUCAUGACGGUUGACUCCAUCAAUCAAUUCACCAGCAUCUUCUGCCUGACUGUGAUGAGCAUCGACCGCUACCUUGCUGUUGUGCACCCCAUUCGCUCCUCAAAGUGGCGCCGCCCUCAGGUGGCCAAAGUAGUGAACGGCACUGUGUGGGCUCUGUCCUUCCUCGUCGUUCUGCCAGUGGUGAUCUUCGCCAACAUCCAGAAGGCAGGAGGCACAUGUAACAUCGCCUGGCCCCAGCCGGCAAACAUUUGGAGGGCCGCAUUCAUCAUUUACACCUCCACUGUUGGGUUCUUUUGCCCUCUUCUUAUCAUCUGCCUCUGCUAUCUGCUCAUCGUUUUCAAGAUCCGCAGUUCAGGGAAAAAAGUCCAUGCCACCUCAACCAAGAGGAGGAAGUCAGAGCGAAAAGUAACACGAAUGGUUGUGAUUGUUGUUGCAGUCUUUGUCUUCUGUUGGUUGCCUUUUUACGCCCUCAACAUCGUCAAUCUGCUGGUUUCCCUGCCCUCAGAUUACCAGGGGCUUUACUAUUUUGUUGUUGUGCUCGGAUACGCCAACAGCUGUGCCAAUCCGAUUGUGUAUGGCUUCUUGUCAGACAACUUCAAGAGAGGUUUCCGUAAAGCCUUGUGUCGCUCCACAAGAAAAGUGGAGAGCCACGAGCCUGUGGAGCAUCCGUUGCAGCAGGACGAGGGAAGGAGGGCCAUGAUGCCAAGGGAGAGCCUGAGGCGAGUUAUCAGGGACGAAGAUGACGAUGAUGAGGACGUCUCAGAAAUGACUGAGAUCUACAGAAUCACCCAGAACAGAAACACCAGCUUCCAGCCUCAAAGCUCACAACUGCUGUUCACGCAGAAAGGAGCGUCAGCUGGAGAAAUGGAUAUGCCGUCCCCCGACAGGAACUGCAGCGGUGAACCCAAAGGGAAGGAACCUGUCAACGGGUCCUCACUGACUGUCCCGCUGCUUCUUAAUGGAGCUAAAAGUGGGAGCAUAAAAACUCUGCCAGAGGAUAACACAGAACAGAGUGCAUCAUUGGAGAUAAGUUAUUUAUAGUUUCAAAUAUGACAUUAAAUUACUUAAAGUGAAAUUAAUAUAACUUUGGCCUACUAUGGCUUCAGCUGAUCCAAGUACUAGACUGUAUGAAUAUAAUGUGUAUAUAUGUGGAUAUCUGAAGGGUCUAAUUUGUGCCUUUAUUCACAUGCCAUGAAGUUCAGCUCUGGUUUGGUUGUGUUAAAUGUUGGCUUCAACAUGUGCACCUCGGGGGAAAAUUCACAAAGCAAUUUGAGUAUGUUAAAUGUGUACAAACCAGAUUCUACUUCCUAAACUACAAGCAAAGGAAGAUCUGCAAAAAUAGGUGCAAUUUCCUGGAACCAGCUGAACUUGAUGGGUUUGUCUGCCUUUGCAUAUAGUACAAUAGUGUGUGCAAACCAAGGCCAGAAACUCUGACCACAUUGCAUUGCAUUGGGAAUUUCCCCCUCGGUCUCUAAGAUAUUUCUUAUAUGCUUUGUUUGUGAUGCUGAGUCACAGUCAGGAUGAGAUUUGUUUUCCAAACAAAUGUUGCAGAAAGGUUAUCAAAAAGUAAA